UCUGCGGUUGGGAAGGGUCCAUCUGCACCAAGAGCUGGGUGCCGAAGCAGGCCUGGGGCAUUAAAGGGGGCAAGGGACAGGCUGGGAGGAGUCGCUGGGGCCUCUCCAGCCGCAGCUCUGCAGGGCAGGCCAUUGAUGAAGACCUCCCGCAUCCAGGACACACAGGAUGCUGAGGCCACAGACAGGGACAGAGUCCAAGACAGGAGCCGAUGCCCUGUACUUUCCACUGGCUCCGGGUGGAUCUGUACUUGUUGAGCAGUGACACCUUGAACUUCCAAGUGAAUGUCCUUUCGCAUCCUGGCACAAUGAUAAGGGAUUCGUUUGUGGCUUAUACAUCAAAUUGGUGGUUCUCAAGAACAGCCCAUGGAAGAAUCAUAUGAAGAGGUGUUGAUUAAGGUCAUACAGCAGGAGUGGACAUGUUUGGGUUUCCGACAGCUACCCUGCUGGACUGUCAUGGACGAUAUGCCCAGAAUGUAGCAUUUUUCAAUGUGAUGACAGAAGCCCACCACAAAUAUGAUCACUCUGAGGCCACAGGAUCCUCCAGCUGGGAUUUCCAGAAUUCUUUCAGAAGAGAGAGACUGGAACAAAAAUCCCCAGAUUCUAAGACUCUACAGGAAGAGUCACCUGGAGUGAGACAGAGGGUCUAUGAGUGCCAGGAGUGUGGAAAAUCCUUCAGGCAAAAGGGUAGCCUAACAUUACAUGAGAGAAUCCACACUGGUCAAAAGCCCUUUGAGUGUACUCAUUGUGGAAAAAGCUUCAGGGCCAAAGGCAAUCUUGUUACACAUCAGCGAAUACACACAGGAGAGAAGCCCUAUCAGUGCAAGGAGUGUGGGAAAAGCUUUAGUCAAAGAGGUAGUCUGGCAGUUCACGAAAGACUCCACACUGGACAGAAACCUUAUGAAUGUGCUAUUUGUCAGAGAAGUUUCAGGAAUCAAAGUAACCUUGCAGUUCAUAGAAGAGUUCACAGUGGUGAGAAGCCCUAUAGAUGUGAUCAGUGUGGAAAAGCCUUCAGUCAGAAGGGAAGCUUAAUUGUUCACAUCAGAGUCCACACAGGCCUGAAGCCCUAUGCCUGUGCACAGUGCAGGAAGAGUUUCCACACCAGGGGGAAUUGUAUCCUGCAUGGCAAAAUCCACACAGGGGAGACCCCCUAUCUGUGUGGCCAGUGUGGAAAGAGCUUCACCCAAAGAGGGAGCCUGGCUGUCCACCAGCGAAGCUGCUCGCAAAGACUCACCCUAUGACCACUCUCUUCAAAGGAAGUUCUGUGAAUUAAGAGUACAACAUUGUCCUCUGAGAUCAAGCUAUUUCUUUAACUAUGGAAUGCAUGGAGCCUUUCAGGAAGACCAGCAUUGGACAGGACAAACACUGACUUUCCUUUCCCCCAAAUGAAUAUGAAAAAUAAAUGUCUUGUUUAUUAUCAUUAUCA